UGUCAAACAGAAAUCCUCUGGAGAUAACUUCACUGUCACUGGUAGUCACUCACCACAGCUGCACCAUGGGGAAGCAGAAGUUCUACCUGGACAAACUGGCCCGGACGUUCCAGAUCCGCAACCGGCUGCUUAGGCAAGGCCUGGCCGAGUGCCUGGGGACCCUCAUCCUGGUGAUGUUCGGCUGUGGCGCGGUGGCCCAGGUGGUGCUGAGCGCUGGCUCUCAUGGCUUGUUCCUCACGGUGAACUUCGCCUUCGGCUUCGGCGCCACUCUGGGUAUCCUGGUCUGCGGACAGGUUUCAGGUGGCCAUCUGAACCCCACUGUGACCUUCGCCCAGUGCCUACUCGGGAGAGAACCAUGGAUAAAGUUCCCAGUGUACUUCCUGUUUCAAACCCUGGGGGCCUUCUUGGGUUCUGGAGUCAUUUUCGGCUUGUACUACGAUGCAAUGUGGGACUUCGGCAAAAACGAUCUCAUUGUUGUUGGGGAAAAAGCCACAGCCGGGAUCUUUGCCACCUACCCUUCAAAUCAUCUGACCCUCCUCAAUGGUUUCUUUGACCAGCUGAUUGGCACGGCGGCACUGAUCGUGUGCAUCCUGGCGAUCGUGGACCCUUACAACAACCCCAUCCCCCGGGGCCUGGAGGCCUUCACCGUGGGCUUUGUGGUGCUGGUCAUCGGCCUGUCCAUGGGCUUCAACUCUGGAUACGCCGUCAACCCGGCCAGGGACUUCGGACCCCGUCUCUUCACCGCUCUGGCAGGCUGGGGCAGGGAGGUGUUCACGGCCCAUUCAUACUGGUUCUUCGUGCCCAUUUUUGCCCCCUUCCUGGGCACAGUGGUAGGGGUGCUGGUGUACCAGCUGACGGUGGGUUUCCACGUGGAGGGAGAGGCGCGGGACAAGAUGGAGGCGACAGAAGACGAGCGUAUCAAGCUGUCGAACGUCGCGACCAAAGAUGCGGCGUGAGACCGACACAUAGCCUUGGGUCUUAUCCAAAACCUUACCCCACCUCCUUGUUUUGCCCCUCCUUCACCUGUCAUAAACGCCCUUACCUCUUGACUGGGCAGUGCCCCCUGUUGUUGGCUCACUGAACUCAAACUGCAGUCACUUGUCCUGAUGGGAUUGGGGCAGUAACACCUGAAGAGUGUGUGUCCGUUCUCCAGCUUCAGUGCCUGUGGACAAUGCACAAACCCAUCGUUUCCUCUACCCACUUCAUCUUCUUGCAGCUCUUUGAUUUGUGGGGGCGGGGUUUUUUCCUGAUUUGAUCACAAUCCAGGCUUUCCACCAAUUUAAAAAAAAAUGGUUGCUCCCUGUCUGCACUGACAUAGAAUUAUAUUAAUUCUCUGAUAUCUGAUAUUCUCCCAAAAACAAGGAAAUCCUGUAACUUAGUUUUGAAUCCCUGUGCAGACAGUAUUCUCUGUUUUAUAAUGUAUAGUAGAUUUAUAUAUAUUUGUAUAGAAAAUGCUUUUCUUUACGAAACUUCCAGAGCAAAACGUAAUCGUUUUUGUUAACAUUUGCGACAAAUUGGUUUUAAUUUUGUCUGAAUCCUUUAAAUUUCACCUGGUAGUGCUUUAAAGGACUGAUGGUGCUGUGUCCUUUCGAUUGACUAAUGAGGUAAGUGUAGACAUACUGAGUUUUGGUAUGUGAAUGUGUCCUGGUCAAGAGUGAGAGAGAGAGAAAAAAUAGAUCUAUAUUCCCCCAUAAUCACAACAGUACAAAAUAUGUUUAAAAAGUUCAGCACUAAUUCUAACAAAAAAAUAUCUAUCAACUUGGAUUCCAAAGCUAGUAUGUCAAUGUCAAGUGUUUAUGCUUAAAAUGACCAAAAAAGCACAUCCCAUGUAAAAGAGCUAAUUUCAAAGAUUUGUAAAUCAUUUUACCUUGCUUGCUGUCUGUACUCUGAAGAGGCCAUGCCAAGGAAAGUCAUUUCGAAAAGCUUCCUGGCAAAGCUGUAAAUACUGUUACUGCUUUUAAUCUCAGAGUUUGUAUACUUUCCUGAUUCUCACUUAAACGAAAAGGCAUUUAUCGUGAGCUCUAUUGCAAUGCAAUGCAUUUGUAUUUUGUAUUUUAUGAAAAAUGUUUUGUACGUUUAAUGGGCCAGGGAGAUUUUGUUGUUUGUUUUUGUGUUACAAUAAAGGCUUUUUUUUCUUAUAAA